AUGGCUGGAGAAACUGCAUGGAUCAGCCACUAUGAUGAUGAAACUAGAAAGGAGACUAGGGACAUUGAUUUGUUAUCGGAACCUAGAGACGAAGUUAAUAAAGAAGAGACUGGUAUUUCCUUGGACGUAAUGCCUGACGAGUUAUUGGAGCGUAUUCUAGCCUAUCUCCCGGUUGCAAGCAUUUUCAGAGCGAGGAGCGUGUGUAAAAGAUGGUAUGAGAUUGUUACUUCUCAAAGGUUUAUAUGGAAUCCUUCCAACUCGCCACCGCAGAAGCCUUGGUAUUUUAUGUUUACUGGCUCCGAAGAACCAACUGGUCGUGUUUAUGAUCCGAAUCUUCGGAAUUGGUAUUGCAUUGAGCUUCCCUUCAUUGGAAAUUCUAAUUGGUUCAUUUCGUCAUCACGUGGCCUAGUUUGCUUCAUGGAUAACGGCAGUAGAAGCCAAUUAUGUGUGUGCAAUCCUAUUGCCAAAAGCUGCAGGGUGCUUCCGGAGCCUCCGGGGUUGAGAUUUUCUGAUUAUGUCACGUUAGCAAUGUCGGUUGACAAGGAAUCCCAUGGUUAUACUGUGGGAAUUGUGAAAUCUAAGCAAGUUCCUGAAAACUUUUUUCAAUGGGAUAUCUCGAUUCAUAUUUACAAAUCAGAGGAGGAGACUUGGGCGACACAGCUAACCGAGGUUUUGAUCGGGUGGAGAGGUGCAGACGAGAGUGUUAUAUGCAAUGGUGUACUGUAUUUUGUCGUUCAAUCUACCGGGGGUGUGCCAUCGGAAAACCGUCACGCAUUAGUUGCGUAUAAUCUCUCCGGCCGAUCUUCACAAACUAGUUUGAGAAAGAGUUUUAUUUCAGUACCGUGUUCUCUAUCAUGCGCCCGUCUUAUGAAUAUGAAGGAGAAGCUUGUAAUGGUAGGAGGAAUUGGAAAAGCCGAUCGACCGGACAUAAUCAAAGGAAUUGGUAUUUGGGUUCUUCAUGACAGGAGAUGGGAAGAGAUUGUCCGAAUGCCACACAAAUACUUCCAAGGCUUUGGAGAGUUUGACGAGGUUUUCGGUAGCAGAGGCAUAGAUGAUCUAAUAUAUAUUCAAAGUUAUGGAUCUCCCGCACUUCUCACAUUCGACAUGAACGUUAAACAAUGGAAAUGGUCGCAGAAAUGCCCCGUUCCAAAGAGGUUCCCUCUACAGGUUUUCUCUGGUUUUUGCUUUGAGCCUAGGCUUGACAUUGCUCCAUAG